AUCAAAAUGGCGGAAGUUAUUUCAGUAACCAUAGUAACUUCCUCUAAAAUCGUAUACUCGAUUAAUUAUCGUAUAAUUUAAGUAAUCGGUGACAUUUUACGUUAUUCGGAAGGUAAAUUAUUCAAUAAUCGAUUAAGAAACGAGCCUUAAAUGGCUGAAGUGAGUUUUUCUGAGUCGAAAUCCAACGAACAAGGUGAAGGAGAUAAUACCAGCAUUCCCAGUCCAAACACUAUUGCGGGAACGUUUCCAUUUUCUCGUACGUCGUCGACCGGUUCCAUAGACAUGCUGACUUCUUCCUCCGCCCAGAAUACAGAUGACGAAGACAGCGACCACAAGUCUACUCUGAGUUACAAAGAAAGACGAAGAGAAGCGCACACUCAGGCUGAACAGAAGAGACGAGAUGCCAUUAAGAAAGGAUACGAAGAUCUUCAGAAUCUGGUCCCGACCUGUCAGCAACAAGACAGCGUUAGUAGUUACAAACUUAGCAAAGCCACGGUACUUCAAAGAUCUAUAGAUUAUAUCCAAUUCUUAUUACAACAGAAGAAAAAACAAGAAGACGAAUUAAAUGCGCUACGCAAAGACGUCGUAGCGCUGCAGAUCAUGGAAGCAAAUUACCAGCAGAUGGUUAAAAUGCAUCAGAGUCAGCCCGGGCAGAAUCCUAGUCAAAUCAGUGAUGAAGUGAAAUUUAAAGUUUUUCAGGCCGUCUGCGAUUCUCUCUUCCAGUCGUUUAACUCUUCGAUUUCGGUCUCCAAUUUCGCCGAAUUAUCGGGAUGUGUUUUCAGUUGGUUAGAAGAGUUUUGUAAGCCUCAGAAACUUCAAGAAUUAGUGUUAUCCAUACUUCGUCAGUUAAAUAGUCAGUUAUCUUAGUUGUAUGUUAUAAAUCUAACAUUUUUGCUGCAGAUUUCGAUUAAUCUUUCACACCUGGUUAUGGUUGAAAAGUAGUGUUUUAAGAUAGAAUCUCAGAUAAGAAACAGUAUUAGAUUUAUUUAUCAUAACUGUUUAUUUUGUGUGCAAAAACUGUACUAAACAGUUAGAAAAUAGUAUAUGUAACCUGAUACAGUCACCUUCUACAAUUUAAAAAUGUUUUAUAAAUUAAAACUGUACUGUUAAUUUUUCUGUUCAAUUAAUAUAACACUAAAACGUAUUUAAGUUUCACAAGUACAUUAGACUGCAACAAUUCUAAAUUUAAAAGUUUUAUAUAUAAAAUAUAUAUUAGGUAAACAAAGGGCAAUACUUCAGCCUACUAUCUUAAGAAUUAUACUUUUCAACACAAUCUGCUUAGCUUUUUCAUUUGAAUUCUGAGAGAAACGAGUAAAUAUCCAUAUACUUUGGAGCAUUAAAUUUAAUUAAUAAAUGCUGACUCGAGAUUGUCUUAUUUACUUAUAUUUGUAAUAUUUAUGUUUAAUUUUGUACGGGUUGUUUUGUACAUCUGGAAAGCUGCACACUAUUCUAAUAGUGCUCUGUAGAAUUUUUAUAUUUAUAUCAAUGAUCUGUGAUGUGCUUCAGAUUUGUUUAAGUUAAUGUGCAGAGGAUGCAAAUUGUACAUACUUGUACUUAUCUUGCUACCGUGCGUAACAACGUUAAUUUUACUUCAAUUGCUUUAUCAAAAAUUUCUUAAAAAGUAUACAAAAGUAAGAUUAAAUUUAAUUUUUAUGUUGUAACAAUUCUGUUACUAUGUUAAUUCAAAUCUUUAAGUAAAUACAUGAAAUUUAUGGCUAAUUUAUUAAAAUAGCAUUGAUAAUGUCGGAAAACAGUAUUAUCAAGGUAAUAAAUUGAAUGUGAAAUAUGUUAACAGGCUUUUAAGUUCAAAUAGAUUCAAACAGUGUCUUUGACACUAUAAAUGAGCUUAUCGGUUUAAAAUUUUAAUUCCAAAUAUUUAAUUUAGAUAGGAAUUCUGCAGCAAAAAGUUAGUAAAAUUUUAUUUUUGUUUUAAGAAUAUGACAAAUAUAUGUUGUAUAGUCAAAUUAGGGAUAUUCAUGAAGUGAAAUUUAUGAAUAUCCCUAAUUUAUUUCCUGAAUUUCAAAUUAUAAUAUAUAUAUAUACACACACACACAUCUUUGUUUUCUAAAUAUAAAUUCAAUAUAUUUUUUAGAAAAAUAAAUUUACUAUAUAAUAUAGGAUAGGUAUUUGUAAUGUGAUAUACAAAACAUUCUUUAAUCUAUGCAUGCAAAACUCCUCCAACAAUAGACGAAAGUGUAUGAUUAUCAGCUUUAUUACUAUUAAUAAUGUGAAUUUAAUUAACUGAUGAAUAAAUCUUCAUCCUGACAUUCCAAGUUUAAACAAUACAUUUAAAAAAGUUAAUUUACUAUCAUUUAAAUUUACAAUUGUUAAAAAAUUUUAAAAUAUUUGCAAUUUACAGCAUUUUUUUAGUGCACAUUAUUUAAAACACAUUCAACAAUGCUUUUAUGGUGUUCAUAAAACAUUUAAAUAACCUUUCUAGGAAGAAUAUGCACAUAUACACAUGGAUGUUGGUCCAAACAUCUUCGGAAUAUAGCAAAUUUUAUUUAUUGUUGUAGUUGACACUAUCACGAAGUGAAAAAUCAGGAAUGUAAGAAGAGUAGUUAAGAACUCUACAUUUAGAUGAUUAACAGCAACUUUGCAAGUUAAGACAUUAAUGUGCAUGUGCAACUAACUGUCUUGUCAUGGAUAAUGGGGGUUGAACUCUGCAAUGAUAACUACUACAUGAUAGAUUCAAAAUAAUGCCAUUUGAAAGCAAUUUUUCCUGAAUAAUUAAAUUAAUUUGGGAGCAGAAUAUUUAUUACUUUAUAUAAUAAACUUGUUAAGUUGUUAAUAAUGGGAACUUUCAAAAGAAAAUAUUUCAUUGAAUGCAUAGCUUAAAGGAUCGCUGUUGUAUGUAUAUACUAUAUGUGUAGAAAUAUAUAUUUCUCAUUCUUGUUUUGUCAUAUUAGAAGUUCAGACAGAAAAUCUGGUAUCAAUACUUGUUUAAGAUUGUUUCCAUCAGUUCAAAUAUGGUGUAGCAUCAAAAAUCCAAACUAAUUGGAGCCAGACUUAGUCUAGAUUUUCAAAUGUACACAUGUAAAUCAGAAUUUUAAGUCCCAUAAAUAAGUACACUGUAAUUUGAGAUCAGGUGUUCUGAGUUGAAGCAAGUAUUUCACAAGGAAUGUAAAAAUAUUUACAGAUUCAAACUGAAUAUUAAAACAACAACAACCAAGUCACCAUUGAAAGGGUUAAUAUCUGUUUUUCAACAGUCUAAUCCAGAUUUUUGAUGCUGCACUGUAUAUCAAUAAAAAAAAAAGUUAUGUACAUAAAAUUUACAGCAAAAAAUACAAAUUAAGUAUUUAUAAUAUUUUGUUAAAUAUCAUAUUGUUGUAUCAAUAAUGUACAUAUAAAGAGAAAACAUAUUUAAUAAAAAGUGUUUUUUGAGAUUGUUUA